AUGAUGCGGACGUAUAAGUUGACCUACUUUAAUGUCAUGGGUCUGGGAGAACCCAUACGAUUCUUGCUGAGUUACGGUGGAUAUAAAUUUGAAGAUAUUCGAAUUGCACGUGAAGAGUGGCCGAAAAUGAAAGCAAGCACACCUUUUGGACAACUACCAGUUUUAGAAAUCGAUGGAAAGCCAUAUGGCCAAACACUACCUAUCUGCCGUUUUCUGGCAAAAGAAUUAGAUUUAAAUGGUAAAACGGACGUUGAUGAUUUAGAAAUUGGUUGUGUUGCUCAUGCUCUUCAUGAUCUAAGAAAACAGGUUGCUUUAUUCUAUUUAGAGACUGAUUCGGCGAUAAAGGCCACUAAAAAAGCAGAACUUAUUAAGAAUACAUUGCCCUUCUAUUUGGAAAAGUUUGAAAAUAUUGCAGCAAAAAAUAAAGGCUAUUUCCAUGAUGGCAAACUGAGUUAUGCUGAUCUCUUCUUUGUUGCAAUCCAUGAUUCCAUUCAGAAUGUUUGCGAAGUGAAUAUUACAGAAAACAGACCCAAUCUUCAGAGUAUUAGAGAGAAAGUAUUAUCUAUUCCUCAAAUUAAAGUAUGGGUUGAUAAACGACCUAAAUUAGAAUUUUAAGUAUUGAGAUAUCAUCAGAUUGUUUAUGACUUAACAUUUAUAACAUAAGUUUUUUUAAUACAUUCCAACUGAAAUAUCUUAUAAUAAAAAUACUUUUAAAAAACUAUUCAUUGUUUUUAA